AUAAGGGAGUAUAUAGAACAGGUUGUUUUAAUUAUUGCACACUGCCAAACAACUGCCCAAAUUGAAUAUAGUGUAACCACUAAUUGUACUGGCAAAAAGCUUUCUGUAUUUCUGUGUGGUCCAUUGGGACUCAUCAAUUUAGUCUCAUGUGUGUCUUUAAUCUUUCUACAAAUAUAAAAACCCAUCACUUGAUAAUUUUCCAAGCACACCACCACUCCUCUCCAAGACCAAGCCCUCCAUUUUUUCCUAGCAAAAAAGAAAGGGGAAAAAAGACCAUAAGAAGAGUUGGCAAUUGUGAGUUAAGGUCUUUCCUAGCAAUGGCAGGUCCUAAGUUUGUGUGGGUCAUUGUCCUGGGGCUUGCAUUGGGGGUGGUAUGCUCUGUCCCUAAGGCCGAGGCGGUGCGUGCGUUCUUCGUGUUCGGAGACUCCCUCGUCGACAACGGCAACAACAACUUUCUGGCCACCACGGCCCGCGCCGACUCACCGCCUUACGGCAUUGACUACCCGACGCACCGACCCACCGGCCGCUUCUCUAACGGCUAUAACAUCCCCGAUCUUAUCAGUCAAAAUAUUGGCGCAGAAACAACAUUGCCGUACCUUAGUCCGCAGCUUACCGGUCAGAGACUACUCGUCGGUGCCAACUUUGCUUCUGCUGGAAUUGGUAUUCUUAACGACACCGGAAUCCAGUUUGUAAACAUUAUAAGAAUAGCACAACAGUUUCUAUAUUUUCAACAAUACCAGCAAAGGUUAACCGCUCUGGUAGGAAGUGCGCAGGCAAAUAGACUGGUGAGCCAAGCCCUUGUGCUGAUCACACUGGGAGGCAAUGACUUCGUCAACAACUACUUCUUGGUGCCCUACUCUGCUCGGUCUCGCCAGUACAAUCUCCCCGACUACGUCCGCUUUGUCAUCUCCGAGUACCAGAAAGUCUUACAGAGACUUUAUGACUUGGGGGCGCGGAGGGUGCUGGUGACGGGUACAGGACCAUUGGGCUGUGUCCCGGCUGAACUGGCGAUGCGCGGCAGCAGAAAUGGGGAAUGCAUACCGGAACUCCAAAGAGCAGCAGCCCUGUUCAACCCACAAAUGAUCCAGAUCAUCAACAACCUCAACAGAAGAAUCGGGUCCAACGUCUUCGUCGCGGUUAACGCUCGGGAAUCGCACAACGAUUUCAUCAGCAACCCUCAAGCCUAUGGGUUCGUGACAUCCAAGAUAGCAUGUUGCGGGCAGGGGCCGUACAAUGGUCUCGGGCUCUGCACAGCCGCAUCCAACCUGUGCCCGAACAGAGACUUGUACGCGUUCUGGGACCCGUUCCAUCCAUCCGAGAGGGCUAACAGGUAUAUCGUGCAGACGAUCAUGUCGGGCUCCACCAGGUACAUGUACCCGAUGAACCUCAGCACCAUCAUGGCCUUGGACUCCAUGGCAUGAACAGACAAAAUGAUCAUCAAUCCAACAAAAUAAUAUGUCUCAUUAUUCAAGGAAAAUCGCGCCUGAUCGAUUGUCCUCAUUUGUGUUUUCUCUUUCGUCAAGUGUCUGAUACUUUUGAAUGUGUGUUUGCAAGAGGUACCGUGUGAUGCCGCCUCUUUCUUUUCGGUUUUUAAUUUGGACUUUUUUUGGAUCGGUGCUAGGUAUACAGCAGCAAAUUGAGCAGCAAUGCUCGAUUAAAAUGCUGGGAAGUGUUGUUGAAAUUCUUGCUUGUUGUCAAUAAAUAGAAUAUCUUGUUUCU